UGUACAGAGACUCCAAAAGCCCGGUCCACCUUCCUUUAUGUACAGAGACUCCAAAAGCCAUUUCUCUUUUGUCCCGGAAAAGAGAGAUCAGAAACCCUAAGAUAACAGCAAUGGAAGAGAAUUUUGAGGAGCAGAACAAGCUUCCUGAGCUGAAACUGGAUGCUAAGCAGGCUCAAGGGUUUCUCUCAUUCUUCAAGGCGAUACCCCAUGACCCAAGGGCUGUACGGUUCUUUGAUCGCAGGGACUACUAUACUGCUCAUGGUGAAAAUGCAACCUUUAUUGCAAAGAUCUACUAUCAUACUACUACUUCUUUGCGACAAUUGGGUAGCGGAUCUGAUGCCCUUUCAAGUGUAACUAUUAGCAAAAACAUGUUCGAAACAAUUGCCCGUGAUCUACUCUUGGAGAGAACAGACCAUACUCUUGAGCUCUAUGAGGGUAGUGGUUCAAAUUGGAGACUGGUGAAAAGUGGAACUCCUGGAAAUCUUGGCAGUUUUGAAGAUGUUUUGUUUGCCAACAAUGAGAUGCAGGUUUCCCCGGUUGUUGUUGCACUAUCACCCAACUUCCGUGAAAAUGGGUGCACUGUUGGAUUAGCUUACAUUGAUCUAACUAAGAGAGUACUUGGGUUGGCUGAAUUUCUUGACGAUAGCCAAUUUACAAAUGUGGAGUCAGCUUUAGUUGCUCUUGGUUGUAAGGAAUGCCUUCUGCCUGUCGAGAGUGCUAAAUCCAGUGAAAGUAGAUCCUUGCAUGAUGCUUUGACUAGAUGUGGUGUGAUGUUAACUGAGAGAAAGAAAACUGAGUUCAAAGCAAGGGACUUAGUGGAGGAUCUUGGUAGGCUUGUUAAAGGUUCUAAAGAACCGGUUAGAGACUUAAUUUCUGUAUUUGAAUUUGCACCUGGUGCCUUGGGGGCAUUACUGUCUUAUGCUGAAUUACUUGUAGAUGAGAGCAAUUAUGGGAACUAUACGAUCUGCAGGUACAAUCUCGACAGCUAUAUGAGGUUAGAUUUUGCUGCUAUGAGGGCACUGAAUGUCCUGGAAAGCAAGACGGAUGCCAACAAAAAUUUCAGUUUGUUUGGUCUCAUGAAUAGAACUUGUACUGCUGGUAUGGGAAAACGGUUAUUGCACGUGUGGCUGAAGCAGCCUUUAUUAGAUGUAAAGGAAAUCAACUCCAGGUUGGAUUUGGUAGAAGCAUUUGUGGAGGAUGCUGCACUUCGUCAAGAUCUGAGGCAGCACCUGAAAAGAAUAUCAGACAUUGAGCGACUGAUGCACAAUCUUGAGAAGAAAAGAGCCGGUUUGCAGCAUAUUGUAAAACUUUAUCAGUCAAGUGUAAGACUUCCCUACAUUAAAAGUGCCCUGGAACAUUAUGAGGGACAUUUUUCCUCCCUGAUCAAGGACAGGUAUUUGGAUCCCCUAGAUUGCUGGACUGAUGAUGAUCACCUGAAUAAGUUCAUUGGCCUUGUAGAAGCUUCUGUUGACCUUGAUCAACUUGAGAAUGGGGAAUACAUGAUUUCUUCCAGUUAUGAUCCUGCACUCUCUGCGCUGAAAGAUGAACAAGAGUCACUGGAGCGCCAAAUACACAAUUUACAUACACAAACUGCUAAUGAACUUGAUCUGCCCCUAGAUAAGGCGUUAAAGUUAGAUAGGGGCACACAGUUUGGACAUGUUUUUAGAAUUACAAAGAAAGAGGAGCCAAAAAUAAGGAAAAAGCUCACUACUCAAUUUAUCGUCCUUGAAACCCGAAAGGAUGGAGUUAAAUUUACGAAUGCAAAGCUUAAAAAAUUAGGUGACCAGUAUCAAAAGAAACUUGAGGAGUAUAAGAAUUGUCAGAAAGAGCUGGUCGACCGUGUAGUUCAAACUGCAGCAACAUUCUCUGAGGUUUUCGGUUCUUUAGCUGGAUUGCUUUCUGAGUUGGAUGUCUUACUUAGUUUUGCUGAUUUGGCUUCUAGCUGUCCUACUCCUUACACAAGACCAGACAUCACCCCCUCGGAUGAAGGAGAUAUUAUCUUAGAAGGGAGCAGACAUCCUUGUGUGGAGGCUCAAGACUGGGUGAAUUUUAUACCAAAUGAUUGUAAACUUGUCAGGGGGAAAAGUUGGUUCCAAAUCAUCACUGGGCCUAACAUGGGUGGAAAAUCCACAUUUAUUCGGCAGGUCGGUGUGAAUAUUCUGAUGGCACAAGUUGGUUCUUUUGUUCCAUGUGACAAAGCUAGCAUUUCUGUACGUGAUUGCAUUUUUGCUCGUGUGGGUGCUGGUGAUUGCCAAUUACGUGGAGUUUCUACCUUUAUGCAAGAAAUGCUUGAAACUGCAUCAAUAUUGAAAGGAGCUACAGAUAAGUCAUUGAUAAUCAUUGACGAGUUGGGCCGCGGGACAUCAACUUAUGAUGGAUUUGGUUUAGCUUGGGCCAUCUGUGAGCAUCUUGUUGAAGUGAUCAAAGCACCCACUUUAUUUGCGACCCACUUUCAUGAACUGACUGCAUUAACUCAUGAAAAUCCUGAUCAUGAGCCCCAUAAGAAGCAAAAUGUUGGUGUGGCAAACUACCAUGUUAGUGCACACAUUGACUCAUCAAGUCGCAAAUUGACUAUGCUUUUUAAGGUUGAGCCAGGGGCUUGUGAUCAAAGUUUUGGCAUCCAUGUUGCAGAAUUUGCAAACUUUCCUGAAAGCGUUGUUGCCCUUGCUAGAGAAAAGGCUGCUGAAUUGGAAGAUUUCUCACCUACUGCAAUCAUUUCCAAUGAUGCUCAAGAAGAGGUAGGAUCCAAACGAAAGAGAGAGUGUGAUCCUGAUGAGAUGUCUAGAGGCGCUGCCCGGGCUCACCAGUUUCUGAAGGAGUUCUCUGAUCUCCCGUUAGAGAAAAUGGAUUUGAAGCAGGCUCUGCAACAAGUAAACAAAUUGAAGGAGGAAUUGCAGAAGGAUGCAGUAAACUGUCGCUGGCUCCAGCAAUUCUUCUAGAGGUCCUUAAAACGUAGGUGGGCUUGGUUGUUUUUUGGGAUAUUUGUAUAGCUCGUUGCUGUAAAUAAGAUGGCUUGUAAUGAAUUUUGCUAAGGCGGAAUGUUGCCUCCCCCUGGAGACCUCAACUCAAAUGCAGGCUUCCACUCAUGUGGCACGUGGCUUUUUUGCUGGGAAGAUUGUGUCUCUGAGCCCUGGCUGGUGUUCUCUCUCUAAUGCGGAAUGCCAAUUUUGUGUCCGUAAAGAUGCUUCUCGAUCUGAGCCUGGCAAUGCUCUCUCUCAUUUUGGGGGGAGGCAGAGGGGAGGAGAUUUGGGAGCUAACUUUGAAAUGGUGGAGAAACUCUUUACAGGGUUAAGGAUGCCAUGAGAUUGGAUAACUCAGGGGCUAGCUCUUGUAUAAAUUAUCUAACUGCUCCAAUAUUAUUGUCUGGCAUUCAAAAGUAGUGAAACCACGAAGUCGUGAAAUUUCUAAUUGGAUUCAAAGAUUGAACUCAAGGUUUACAUUGUUUAGCAAGUUAUGAUUCCUGUGAAUGUAUGGCGAUUUACUUUGGACUGAUAUAGGGAGUCUGCUGACUGGAUUCUCCACUUCUUUUCUGCAUGACUAUGCAUCAUUUUCUUUUUGAAUAAUUCGUUGUUUUGAGCCCUCA